CCACUAUCAAGCAAUCGCAGUCUCUGAUAGACUUUGCCGUGUAAGGAACUUUCGUCACCAAUUUAAUGUAAAUAUUACAUUUGUUGAGAAUUUAGAGUUUAUUUUAGCAUACAUAAGUUCGAAAUUAUCGUUUGCGUUCCCCGUGCAAUUCGUUGCUGGGCGUCAUUCCGUAAUAUUUCUCGUUUAGCCGAGAUCGGCAAUAACCAAAAAAUCUCUCCAUGUUUGUUUAAAACAAUAUAUUGAGAUUUAACUAUACUCUUAAGCUCUUGAUAAAUUUUUUUGAGAGAUUCUGAGUGUAAAUUAAACAAAAUGAGGGUUGUUGCACUAGUCAGUGGAGGUAAAGAUUCAUGUUUUAACAUGAUGCAAUGUAUAGCUGCAGGUCAUGAUAUUGUGGCUCUAGCUAAUUUAUAUCCAGUUGGAAAAGAUGAACUAGAUUCAUUUAUGUUUCAAACUGUUGGAUAUCAAGGUGUUGAAUAUAUUGCAGAAGCUAUGGGUUUACCAAUGUAUCGUGAACCAACCUUUGGCAGAUCAAAAAUGCAAGAAAAAUAUUAUUAUCCAACAGAAAAUGAUGAAGUCGAAGAUCUCUUUAGGUUGUUAAGUAAAGUGAAGAUGUAGUCGUUUAGGACUUGUUUCUUUGUCAUAUCUAUGGAGAAGAGAGCAAGAUGAAUUACUGAAAGAAAUGAUAGAAAGUUCUGUAAAUGCAGUUAUAAUUAAAGUGGCAGCUUUAGGCCUUGAACCAAGGCAUUUGGGUAAAUCACUUUCUGAAAUGCAAUCUCAUCUUGCCAAAAUAAAUGGUAUAGAAGGAUUAACGUUACAAGAAAGAUUAAAAAAUGUUCCUAUUAAAACCCCAUCUGAUUAUAUCGCAGAAAUAGUUGGACCAGAAUUACACGACGGAUGUAAUUUAUCGGAAGAUGAAAAUGAUGAACGUGAUGAACAUACAGGCAGUAAUUUAAGGACUUCAAAUUCUGGUCAAUUUAAUCCUCCGAGUCCUAUGGAAAUUUUAUACGAGGAAGAGGAUUAUCCCGAUGUGCCAGUAGUGAAUAGAAAUCAAACUGGCUGGUUCUGGUUUGGUGGUAUCGCUGGUAAACAUCCGGAUGCUAAAUCUGCGAUGCGAGAGGCAUUGGAGAAAUUAAGCAGUCUAGUCAAAAAGGAAAGUCUUCAAAUAUCGGACAUCGUUGCCGUAACGUUAUAUAUAAAAGAUAUGUCAAAUUACAUAUCUAUAAACGAGGUUUAUAUCUCAUGUUUGAGCAAGACAAAUCCACCAGUCCGCGUAUGCGUGGAAUGUCCGUUAAAUAUACAUGUUGUACUUGAUGCUAUAGCCUAUAAAGAAACUCAAGACUGUGGUGAUAAGAAAAUUCACAAACGACAUACAAUGCAUGUUCAGAGCAUAAGUCACUGGGCACCUGCAAACAUUGGUCCUUAUUCUCAAGCCGUUCGUGUAGGUGACAUUAUCUCAGUUGCUGGACAAAUACCACUGGUGCCUGGUAGUAUGACUAUUCUGGACUUAAAUAUUAAAAGACAAUGUCGUUUAACGUUGAGGCAUAUAGAUCGUAUUGUCAAAGCUAUGGAUUCGAAUACGCAACUCAGGGAUAUUGUGCAAGGUAUUUGUUUUUUGACUCAUUCUAGUUAUAUACCAGACGCACGAAAGGAAUGGGAGAAACGAACAAAUAAUGCUAUUGUGGAUUACAUCGUUGUACCAAAUCUUCCACGUGGUGCUCAAGUUGAAUGGUGCGUUUGGGCUCAUAGAGAUAAUAAUAGGUUUGAAUGUUCGUCCAAUUCAACUGGUAAUUUAGCCACGGAAACGAAUUUAUUUUCUACAGAGUUAACUAUAGACGAAUUAACAGAAGCAUUCGAAUACGUAUUAUGUAAGCUUACAAAAGGAUCCCAAACUGUAAAUCCGUCUUGCAAUCUACGCAUCUUCUACAAAGUCGGCAGUUCGCCAGGACCGAAUUUUAUUCAGGACAUUCUUUCUAAAUUUUCUACACGAAAUUUAGUUACUACUAUUAUACCGGCAACGCACUUACAUAAUUUCAGUACCUUUUUGUCUAUAUGUGGAAUUAGACAUGAGUAAAGCCUAACAAUGCUUUUUACGUUGUCAAUUAUUUACAAAACAUUGUCUCGUAAAAGGAUUACAAAGAUUUUAUUUGCCGUUUAAAUUAUUUCAGUCAAUGAAUAUGAAUCAAGAACAAAUCAAUUUUAGUACGAAUAUGGAAAUGAUUAACGGCUAUGUGGAAACUCAACCACGGUUGUAAAACUUUAUAUUCUAAAAGAUAAUUACUUAGCAGUAUCGAUGCUCGAAUGUAAACGUUAUUUUUCACCUUUUCUACUGAUUGCUUGUUGGGUUUGCUCAGAAUUUACUUGACAUCUGUCAAUAGUGUAUUUAUAUUCGGCUAGUCAACGAGACGUUAGUGAUUUUAAAUCAUUUUGUCUCGUUAGUAUAAGUGUUCUACGUAAUGCAAAACACGUUAUGCCAUCUUAUAACGUGUGCUGUAUGCUAUGCCUCGUUUUUGCUCAAGUUAUUUUCUAUUUUUCACAAUUUCACGAUACGUGCGGAGUGUUAAGUGUGUGAUUAUGGAAGAAUUUGAAAGCGUGCACAGUCAUUUUCAUAGUAGCGCUCAAAGUAAACUGAAAAAGAAGUAUCAGACAUACUAGGGGAAACUAUCAAAUGUGGAAGAAAAAUCUAGUUUAUGACCUUUAUAAUCUCUUAGUUACAAAGAAGAAAAAACAAAAUGGGAUGAUAUGUGGAAAUUCAAAACACGCACUUUUCAAUGAUUUCUUUCACUUUUGAAAUGCUGCCGAUGUUGUUCCGCUAUCAUUUAAACUUUGUAUUUUAAUGGCAGGCAUGUAGUUUUGCAAAACGAUAUAAAAAAAAGUCUAUUUCGUAAAAAGAUAUUGUUUAAAUCCUCGGUAGUUUCUGCAUAAUUGAUCUAAGCUUUAGAAAUACGUCUUGUACAAAAAUGAUAAUGCUAUACAUAUAUUAGAAUAUUUUUGACAGUAUAAUAUUCAUGCAACGAUAUACCAAAGUUUAUAUUUUACAAUUUGGACAUUGUUUAAUCGAUUUUAAUAUUGCAACCUUAUUUUCUUGUACAUAUUAUUAAAUAAUCUAAAACACUUUUGCAAUGUAUUAUAAAAUGUAAUUAGUUUCGAAAAUGACAAUUGGUUAUCAAUUACGUGUGUAUACGUGCACACUGAAACAUACUGUUCACAACGUGGAUACUGCGUUACUAUAAAUAUGUAAAAAGAUAUUUGCAAGGCAUACAACUCUCGCAACAAAAUACUAUUCCGAGGAUUAUAUUGCAAAGAAAAAUAAAGAAAGUGAUAUAUAUUUUUAAGAAAUUGCUAUUUUGUUUUAUAUUUCAUCAUACUCCCCUUAAAUAUAUACCUAUUAAUUGUCAGUAUUUUUUUUAGAUGUAGAAUUAAUAAAUUAUGAGACUGUUAAGCUUUUUUAUAAAUCAAAAUUAAUUAUAAAAGUUAUAUUAAACUUUCAUUUAUAUAUAUAACAGAUGUAAAUAUU